UUUCUGGUGCACCCAGGUAUAAUAACAACGACCGACGACUACAAGUCUUUCUCCGUUCUCCCUUUCCCUCCCGUGCCCUUCAUGGGGUCAAGUUCUACUCCAUUUCACCACCAGUUCCAUUUCCCAAUCUCUCCUCCAAGUUCUGCUUCAACUUCCUCAUCUUCUUCCCCAAAGUUACCCGACAAAUCGUUCAACGCGGCCACACUUCCAGCCUGUUCGUCCGCACAAAAUUCAGAUACAGACGGCUAUCUCACAGAGAAAAAUUCAUCUCAGCGACAUCGCAGGAAUUCAUCUUCUGUCGCAAAGUCUUCUAGACCACCGUUUCGCCGAGCUAGCUCAUCUUCUCGUACUUCUUCAGCGUCUUUAUCUAGCCAAGAAGCCAUAAUAAGUUCUCCACCUCAUGGUGUUUCGAGUUCAGGUAUUGGGCGCAAAGUCGCUGCCACACUUCAACUCUUUAAAGAGACCGAUGACCACAACAAGAGUAGCGAUUCUCCCUACAGAUCAGAGUCUGCAAGUGGCCAUCGUCGUCCCCCGUCCUCAGGUAAAGGCAAGGCCAUCGAGAGUGAAGCCCCCGCUAAGAUCGAGUUUGUGAAAAGGUCAGAAUGGCCAGAGCGUGAGGCAGCUGCUUUGAUGCGAGAGAAGAGUUUUCAUGCGUUGCAGAGGGCGAGGACGAGGGAGAGUAAUAAUGGUUCGGGUGACGAGCAGCGUACAGGCCUGCAACGAAAGUCCAUCUCUCGAGAAUUGGCCUUGUCGGAUCUCGCUCAAUGGCGAAAGGAAGUUCAAGAUUGGGAAGAGUGUGGAAAUCGCGGACGACGUCGCUCAAAAAUCAUUGAUGACUCCGUUUUGGACAACGAUGUUCCUCAGUCACGUCAUCGUGAAUUGCCAAUAAAGCGGCAACGCUCGGUUGUGCUACCACUGUCGCCGUCACCUUCCAGAUCACCUGUCGGUCGUAAAUCACUCGACUUCUCGUCUGCACCCUUCUCUGUUCAAACACCUGGUCCCUUCUCAACCACUUUUGACCAUGAAGGCACUCCACGAAGUGUAACCUUACUUCGUGACACAAACCCAAAACAGAUCACCCCCUCAUCACACUCUUUAACUUCCCCCACCGAAUCCCCUUGGUCAACAGAGGAUGACUCGACAUGGGAGACGGAAUCGGUCACUACCACCACUUCCACUACUUCGGCACAUUCCAGCUUUCCAGUAUUGCGUCAUCACGGCACGCCAUCUUUGUCCACAGAAGGUAGGCAAGAUGCACGAUUUGCCUCCUCUCUCAAUACUCAAUCGGGCUAUCCAUUCGCCGGCGAGGACGAUGACCAACGGUAUUUAUUGGAUAUGGAUGUAGAUAUCUCUCAAGAGCAUCUGCCCCAUAUUCCUCUUCGCCCUUUUCGAAAUCAGGUUGGCGGUCAUAGCGCCAUAUACAAAUUUACUAAACGAGCUGUCUGUAAACCUCUGGUUUCUCGGGAAAACCUCUUUUAUGAAGCGGUGGAGAGAGAAGCACCCCCACUCCUUGAUUAUAUACCUCGGUAUCUGGGCGUUAUGUUAGUCAGCUACAGACGAGUUCCCAAGUCGAACCAGGUCCAUUCGCCUCCUUCACCCAGCCAUUCUCUCAGAGAUCCGUCGCUUGGGCGUGCACGGCCCCCUAUCCAUAAAGCGGCAAGUGAUGCUCAGCGAUCUUCUCAUAAAGGACGAUCUUUCGGCGUUAUCGAGGAAGACGAACGCACCGAUUCGGAUGAUGAACUACCGGAGGUCGUUUUGGAUAGAAAUCGUCACAUCAUCCCAGAAUGGCUGCUUAACGGGAGAAGCCGCUCCUUCUCUCAAUCUGUGUCACCGGACGGUGUUCGCAGACUUAAGCGACAGCGAGUUCAUCGUGGCACAGCUUCCGUUCCUAAUCUCGGGGUGGCAGGUGCAGCAGCUACAGCAGCUACAAGUGCGAUACGACCCAGUCCCCUGAGACAACACCAGCCUCUUGUGGAUCGCGAAACCAAUGCGCCAACACCUGCAAACUCACCCAGUGUACUGGGGAAAGCAUUUUCACCAACGCUGGCAGGGAGAUCCAGAUCGAGGGCUUUCUUGCUCAAAGCUUCCUCGGAUGAAGACGAUGCUUUCUCUAGGCCACCUUUUUCAAAGUAUGCCUCCGACCAUGCGGUAGGUCACUCGGAGUCGCCCUGGUUUGGUGGUCGCGGGUCAACUAUGGUCAACACGAAGCUGAAAGAUCACGUCUUUGGCACGAUUCUUCGGCGAUUCAGACGGCGUACGGGUGGUCGUUGGGCUGCAUGUGCAGGGGGGGAGGAUGAUGGCGAUGUCGCAGAUGCUGAAGGCGAUACUACGGAGGGAGAGGUCACCUGUAGAGUUCGGAAGCGUGAUCGAAAGUUGAUUAGUCAAGUGGACAAGUUGCGACAAAGCGAAGCUCCUCCAAAGUCCAUUCGGCGAGUGCAAAGCGAGUCAGCGAUGGCUCUGCCCUCGAAACUUCAAGCGAUGGCUUUGGAGCACGAGAACUUCGAGGACAUGAUGGGUGUGUUCGAUAUCGACUGCACGACAGUUACAAAUGAGAACGAAACACAAACUCCUGUACAUUCCUGGAAUACCCACCGCUUGAGUUCCACUCCAUGUCGAAGGCGUAGUCGCUCUAGGUCGCUGGACUCGCGUCCACCGUCUACAGCGCAGCAUCCAUUACCAGCAGAUCCGACAUCGGGUCCCCCGGUGAUGACUGAAAAUGGUGAAAAGGACAGAGAUUCUGACUCCGCCUUCUCACGACAGAACCAUUUCAUCCUGAUGGAGGAUCUAACUGGGCGUCUAAAGCAUCCCUGUGUCAUGGACGUAAAGAUGGGCACACGACAGUAUGGUAUGGAUGCCACGCCAUCGAAGAAGAAAAGCCAACGUAAGAAGUGCGAUCGCACGACUAGCCGGACUUUGGGAGUUCGGAUCUGUGGUAUGCAGGUCUGGAACCAUGUAACGCAGUCCUAUGUCACGCAGGACAAAUAUAUGGGUCGUGAAGUACGCGCAGAGGGCUUUGCGUCUGUGCUUGCAUCCUUUUUAUUUGACGGCGAACGCCUACUGGCUUACCAGAUACCAACUUUCCUGCAGAAAUUAUAUGGGCUGGCGAGGAUCGUUCACCGAUUGAAGGGUUAUCGUUUUUAUGGUUGCAGCCUACUGUUGAUUUACGAUGGCGAUAGGGAAACUCAAGAGGUAUUUCGUCUGUCAACUCAGGAUCAACCAUCUUCGCGCAGCAAACGUGGGAAAUCUCUCGAACGCCGCGAUGGCUCUUUCGAGAAACCCACGUUGCGAAGGACGCACAGCGAUGGUCUGUUGGUGGGACCAGUUCAGAAGCGACCUGAUCGUUUUAAACGAGGAGAGGUGAAGGUCCGCCUUGUUGAUUUCGCGCAUACCACUACUGGACGAGAUUGGAUUCCAUAUCCAGCUGACGUUGUAAAUCGCCCUGUCGAAACCUCAUCCAGCUCUAAUGGCUAUCAAGCCGAAAUUGAUUCCGAAACUGGUCUAUUAUACGCUCGCUUUCCUCCUCAUUAUCCAGAGGAACCGGAUCGUGGGUUUUUAUUUGGGUUGAGGAAUCUGGCGCUUGCUCUUGAACAAAUCUGGAACGACGAACGGAUUCGAAGGAUCAAAGCAAUCAGAGACAACCCUUGUUGUCCGUUGACCAAGCUGCCGGCAUUGCCUCAAGACAGUAGAGAUGUCUUUUGCGAACUUUUGGGAGAUCUGGACGAGGAUGUUGGUAUGAUUUCGACGUAAUUCUUAUUAUUAUACCCGCCCUUGUCUUUUUAUGACCCGUUGUUAUGUCGUUCAUGUUUACUUAUCAUCAUGUAUUUCUACCUGUGCAUCCAGUGUUAUAGAGCAAUUACAUUGUUAUUCAGCUA